GAGUGGGCGGGACUAAUCGGCGCAUGCGCGCAGCCGCUCUUCCUUUCUCUAGCUCCUCGUUGCCGCCGCCAUGGCGCCUGCGAAGAAGCUGCCGACGAAGGGUGGCAAAAAAAAGAAGCAAGUCUUGAAAUUCACUCUGGACUGUACCCACCCGGUAGAAGAUGGAAUUAUGGAUGCUGCCAACUUUGAGCAGUUCCUGCAGGAGCGGAUCAAAGUGAAUGGAAAAGCUGGGAACCUCGGUGGAGGUGUGGUAACCAUUGAGAGAAGCAAAAGCAAAAUUACUGUGACCUCAGAGGUCCCUUUUUCAAAGAGGUACUUGAAGUACCUCACCAAGAAAUACCUGAAGAAGAACAACUUGCGUGACUGGCUGCGUGUUGUUGCCAACAGCAAAGAAAGCUAUGAGUUGCGAUAUUUCCAGAUCAACCAGGAUGAGGAGGAGGAGGAGGAGGAAGAUUAAAUGCAAAGAUAUCUGGAGAUAUUUUGUACAUUCAAUUUUCUUUGAAUAAAAUGCAGUAGAAGUUCUUA